AUGGGAGCAUUUGGCCAACUUGACGACGAUGAAUCAGUUCCUGGAGUGACAACAAUCGCGGUGCGGCUGAAAUACUCUCAGCAGGGAACCGAUUUAAUCAGGGAUAUUCCUGGAGUAAGUCAAUUUUCAUCGCGAUGCCUGUCACAUGGUCGCCCAAUUUCCUUGUUUCCCAAUAAAUGCGUGCUCACAGUGACUACACUCGAGCUCAAGAAAGUGGCCGACAGGGCACGUGAUCAGGGCCUGACGGUCACCGACAUUCAUAUCCGCGGCAAAGUACACAAUCCGGAGAAUGCGUCUUUAGUCAAGGUGCUAUUUGGUAUAUGUCAGAGGCAUGCCGAAAUGAGCCUGCCCGACGCCAGGGAAUUACGAGUCCCUGUGCGAUCGAAUUUGAAUGGCAAGUUGGUACAAGGUUGUUCACUAACCUACGAGGCUAUAAACGCCACCCUUGCCUCCCGCUGCGAGUGGUAUCAGUUACUGAAGGAGAUAUCACGAGAUUUAUCAGGAACCAAUAACGAAUCCCACACAUUCGUGUUGUUUGGCUUCGGGGAUGUUGUUUCUCUGUUGCCGUUCCACAAUGCUCGUUUACAGAUAAGGAAGGUGGAAGCUUACACUGCCAUUCAGAAUGCCUCAUUAGAUGAGUACGAAUACCCCGAAGGCGCCAUCGCCAUCACUGGAGCUGCGUGUCGACUGCCAAAGGCGAACGAUCUUGAGGAACUAUGGAACCUUCUUUCCGCCGGAGUAUCGACUUGCGAAGAGAUUCGCCUCGACAGAGUACCCAUGCAUGAAAGUUUUCGCGCAAUGCAGAAUGAAAAAUGGAAACCGAAAUGGUUCGGCAACUUCAUUGAUGGAGCAGACGAAUUUGACUGGAACUUUUUCCGCUCAAAUGUCAAAGCAGCGGCCAAUAUGGACCCACAACAACGCAUCCUAUUAGAGCUGACAUACGAAGCCCUUGAUUCCGCGGGCUACCUCCGCAGACAUCGUCGGGAAAACGGCGAUAACGUCGGCUGCUUUAUCGGAGCAAGUUACGUCGAGUAUGCGGAUAACACGAACGCCUACCCACCUACUGCAUACUCAGCAGUUGGUACUAUUCGGGCGUUUCUGUGCGGGAAGCUAAGUCAUUGCUACGGCUGGACCGGGCCGGCUGAAGUCAUCGACACUGCAUGCUCGUCCUCCCUUGUCGCUAUCAACAGAGCUUGCCGUUCCAUUCAAUCUGGUGAAUGUCCAAUGGCUAUCGCUGGCGGAGUGAACAUCAUAUCCAGUGUCCACAAUUACUUAAAUCUUGGAAAGGCUGGUUUCCUCAGCCCUACUGGUCAAUGUAAGCCAUUUGACGAGUCGGCUGAUGGAUAUUGCCGAGGCGAGGGAGCUGGACUUGUAGUGUUAAAGCCCCUAAAACAGGCUUUAGCAGAUGGCGACCAGGUGUUGGCUGUCAUAUCAGGAUCAUCCACUAAUCAAGGAGGGCUGUCGGAGAACCUGACACUGACGCAUCCACCAGCCCAGGUGGACUUGUACAAGUCAGUUCUCAAAGGUGCCAAGAUGAGCCCGCGCCAUGUUUCAUACAUAGAGGCACAUGGUACUGGCACAUCGCAAGGUGAUCCAUUGGAGAUCAGCAGCAUCAGAGAGGUGUUUGGUGCAUCAGACCGGCCAAACAAGGUGUAUCUUGGUUCGAUCAAAGGCAACACUGGUCACGCGGAAUCAGCAGCAGGCGUUGCUGGACUCGUCAAAGUCAUUGCCAUGUUGCAGAAGAAAGCCAUUCCGCCUCAUACCUCAUUCAAUGCAUUGAACCCGAAGAUACCCACUUUGGGCCCGGAUAAGAUCACUAUAGCAAGGAAUCUGGAGCCAUGGAACACUCCUUUCAGAGCAGCCUUGGUCAACAACUAUGGAGCUGCUGGAAGCAAUGCAGCAGUUGUUGUUUGCGAAGGACCUCGGAAGGAUGUUGUCAAAGCCACCGUGUACCCCAUCAUUCUCUCUGCCUUCACACGAGAGAGUCUGUUGGCUUACAUAAAGUCAUUGAAGUCUCACAUUCGUCGAACGAAUAUCGACCUAGCAAAUCUUGCUUUUACCCUAUCUGAACGGCGAAAGCGACAACCUAUGGCUUGGAUGACAACCGCUUCCGACAUCGAUGGCCUACUCAACCAGCUUUGUACGGACAUCUCGCCUUGCGAGAUCCCUCGGGCAUCUAGAAAAGUGGUUCUUGCAUUCGCCGGUCAGAGCAAGCAGGCCAUUGGCUUAUCAGAAAAUCUCUAUGAGUUCAAUCCUAGACUGCAACACUAUAUUCAUAAGUGUGAUGCUACCCUGAAAGAGCUUGGAUAUCCAUCAAUAAUUCCAGCCGUGUUCCAAAACACCGCUAUUGAUGACCCUAUUUUGUUGCAGACAGGUACCAUGGCCGUUCAGUACGCGAGUGCCAAGUGUUGGAUCGAUGCAGGUGUCAAGCCCGCUUGCACGAUCGGACACAGUUUUGGAGAGUUAACAGCGUUGGCUGUAUCCGGUGUGCUCUCCCUCGAGAAUGCUCUCAAGCUUGUUGCCGUUCGAGCCCAGCUUAUGGUGACCAAGUGGGGACCAGAUAAGGGUACUAUGCUUGCCGUCUUUGCACCAGUCUCGGUUGUGGAAAGCAUCAUCGAAGCCGUUGGUAACGAAACUCUCGAGAUUGCUUGCUUCAAUGCUCCAACUAACCAGGUUGUCGUCGGAAACGAGAUGGCAGUGGCCGACGUGGAAAAGGUUUUGGCCACUAAUCCUUCUUUUAAGGGAGUCAAGAGUCAAAGGGUUGAUGUCACCCAUGGCUUCCACUCUAUUUUCACCGAGCCCCUCCGUACAGAUUUCUCUGAGUCCUUGCAAUCAUUAUCUUUCAAGGAGGCAUCCAUUCUCAUCGAGCCCUGCACACAACAGCAAACUGAUUCAAUCACUGCCGAGCACAUUGUAUCGCACCUCCGGAAACCAGUCUACUUCGUUAAUGCGGUAAGGCGGAUUGAAGAGCGUCAUGGAGAUUGCAUCUGGCUGGAGGCAGGAUUUGAUUCAUCUAUCGUCCCAAUGAUCAAGCGUGCUAUAUCUGAUCCAGAGGGGCAUUCAUUUCACGCCAUCAAGACGGCUGGUAUUGAACAACCUUCUCAGUCUCUUUCCCAAAUUACUAUCGAUCUUUGGAAGCAAGGGCAUGAUAUUACUCCUUGGCCUUUCCUAUCCCCGGCUGAUGCUGGCGUGGAACCCAUCUGGCUGCCGCCUUAUCAGUUUCAGAAGACCAAAGCGUGGCUGGAUAACAUCGACAGGGCCAUUGAAAUCCAGCGAGAACUCGAAAAUCUUCAAAUCCAAAAAGUGGAGGUCGCUCCAGGGGAUGUUCCUAUGCAUCUACUACGCCAUGUUAGGUCUGCUGGUAAUACGGAGAAGUUUGUUAUCAACAGUUCGGCAAAUCGUUUCCAGAAGCUCAUUAGCGGCCAUUCAGUCAGAGGUCGGCCACUUUUCCCAGCGUCUCUGUACAUGGAAUGCGCGGCUAUGGCAAUCCAGCUUCUCGGCUCAGAACUUGGAUCUAAGUCAAUGGUGUUUGAGGAUCUUUCCUUCAAAUCACCACUAGGUUUCAAUAUGGACCGCGAAAUAGAACUGAGUCUAGAAGAAACAGAUAAAGACAGCUGGAGUUUUGUUCUUUCUAGCUCUCUUGGUUCUGGAGAUAGCUCAGAUCGCGCAAUCGUUCAUGGAAUAGGCAAACUACACUUGGCUAAGCAGCCUAGGUUUUCGACAUACAAACUUCUCUUAGCCGAACGCAUUGAUUCGAUUCGAUCAAGCCCCACUUCCGAGAAGAUAAUGUGUGGACGAGCAUACCAGCUCUUCUCUAAAGUCGUCCAUUACGCCGAAUCGUCACAAGGAAUUGAGAGCAUUAUCAUCAACAAGAAUGAGGCGCUAGCUACGAUUCGCAUACCAGACAGGUACAUCGGAAGCGACGAAAAGGCGGUGCGGAAACACUGCGAUACUGUUUCUAUCGAUAUGUUCCUCCAGGUCUCCGGCUUGCUCAUAAAUAGCAGUUCGGCCUGCGGUAGAGACCAGGUGUUCAUAACUUCGGGACUCGAAAGCGUCACCAUGUCCAAACUUUGCGACUUCGACUCCGUUAAGGAAUGGAAUGUCUAUGCUAUCUUCUCCCUCGUCAAUGGAAAACAUGCGACAGGUGACGUCUUUGUUCUUACCAAAGACAACGAGAUCGCCAUGACCGCGAUCGGGGCCAAGUUUCAUCGAAUAGAGAUAGCGAGAGUUGAACAGAUACUCGAUGUAGCGAAUGGAUCGAACAUCGAUUCAGAACCGAGUCGUCCCCUUUCUCCAGCCAGUUACACGCCCAUCACAAGCAAGAAUCUUCCGGAGCUAACAUCCGAUGAUUCUUCAGACACUUCAGAUUAUUCGACCACUUCUUCCUUGGUUGGAGACGGAUCUGAAGAUUUCGAAACUCGAUUGAGGACGAUAAUCUCCACAUACAUUGGCGCACCAGCAGACUUUAUCCCCCAGACCACCUGUAUUGGUGAUCUUGGUAUUGACUCACUCGCGACAAUAGAGCUCUCUGAUGAACUCAAAGAACAAUUUGGCAAAUCAGUUUCGCAUCAUGAGCUUCAGACAUUGAAUCUUAGUGCAUUGUGCCAGAUAGUGUCUGCUGAUGUCAUGAGAGCCACUAGGAAACGCCCUGUUACAUCGAGGAAACAAGUCGCGCCGGCGCCUCCAGUUGUAUCCGAGAUACAUGUGUCAAGACCUAAAUCGAAUCCGAAUGCUACUUCGACGCUUGACUCGGCCACUGAAGAGUCCGAAAGGCAUGAACAACAAGCCAAACUGUUCAGACUCAUUUCCGAGCUUUGUGGUGUGGAUGUGAGUCGCAUACAAGAAGAUCAAUCUCUCGCAGAUCUCGGAUUUGAUUCCCUUUCUACGACGGAACUGGGAUCGAGUUUGUCCGAUGAGUUGAACAUCAAUCUCGAAAGCACCGACGUGCUCCUUGAUUAUUCCGUCAAAGACCUUAUGCGAUUGGCCGGUGCCUCUCCGUCAAAGCAGAGUCCCGGGCUUUCGAAACCAUUGGUUUCGACUGUGAAAAGUGUACCAACAAGCGGUCAUGGAAAGGGUGCAGGUAUUACAGAUCCUUUCAAGACUCUCCUGGCAGCCGAAUCCUCAUUUCCAGUAUACGCGACAGAUUGCCAGUAUACAGGGUAUCUGACUGAAGUCGCGGCUCGUCAAGAUGAACUACUCCUUGCAUAUAUGACAGAAGGGCUACAAAAGUUGGGGGUUGAUCUCAGAACUCUCAGCAUGGGCCAAAAGAUUCCCAGCUUCUCUUAUCAGCACAAACACUCCAAGGUAGUACGGAGGUAUUACGAGAUUCUCCAGAAGCACAAAGUCAUCGAAAAGAAAGGGUCAGACUACGUUCGAUCAUCCAGGUCGUGCAACUUUGCCCCUUCCUCUCAGCUUCUGAGCGAAUUCAUAGCCGAUUUCCCUCAAUACAGCUGUGAGGCAGAACUCAUGUCUCUCACCGGAUCAAAGCUCGCAGAGUGCUUAACAGGCAGCGAAGACCCCAUCAAACUCCUCUUCGGCAACCCAAAGGCUCAAGAGAUUAUCAGAAACUUCUACACCAAAGCACCCAUGUUCGCCACUCUGACGGAGCUCCUCGUCGAUUUUUUGCUUCGUCUCGCCAAAAACGCCAACGCGCCAAUUAGCAUCCUUGAAGUUGGAGCAGGCACAGGAGGCACUACAAAGCGCGUCAUCGAAGCACUGGGCAACCUCAACCACCCUAUCGAGUACUUCUUCACAGACAUCUCCCCAACCUUUGUCCGAAACGCAUCCAAGAAGUUCAAUCACCCCGGCAUGCAAUUCAGAGUACUCAAUCUCGAGACUCCACCUCCCGCGGAUCUAAUCGGCAAAUUCGACAUCGUCAUCAGCACGAACUGCGUCCACGCGACAACCAACAGAGCCUCAACCUGCCGCCGCAUCAAAGAAAUGCUAAACGCCCACGGCGUUUUGGUCCUUUCGGAAAUCACCACCAAGAUCGACUGGCACGAGGUCGUCUUUGGCCUGCUGGAUGGCUGGUGGCUGGCAAACGAUGCCAAUCAUGCUAUUCAGCCACCAGAAGUAUGGAUGGAGUUCAUGCGUCAAGCUGGGUUUUCUAGUGCGAGCUACUCGCAGAGCACAUUACCCGAAUGCAAUCUUCAAAGGCUGCUUGUUGCUUCUUUAGAAGCGUAUCCGGAGCCGGCGCGUUAG